AUGGUGGAAUGUAGAAAACCCAGAUGUUUUAAAUGUGGAAAGAAGGGCCAUGUUAGGUCCGAAUGCAAGAGUGGUGAAGAAAAAGAAAAAGAGGAGAACAACAUUGAAGAAGACUCGGAAGAUGAAACUACAGAGAAUGGAAAACCAGAAGAAAGCACAGAAGAAGAAAAUGAGAGCGGAAAUAAAGAAGAGACGGAAUGGAAGAGAGCUGGUAGCAAAAGGAAAUUAAACAGAAAUGUUAAAUCAUUGGCAAAAAUGCAAACUCAAAGAAGGCAUGAAAAAGCCAAAAAAUCAAAAACAAAAGAAAUACGAGAAAAAGAAUUUCUAUAUAUGGCGGUUCGAACCUCAAACUAA